UGGUUGCGAGCGUGCUUGGAGCCUCCCUGCAGCGGAGCAGAGAGGAGGAGGAGAAAGAGCUGAAGGUCACAGCUGGAGCAGCAUCAUCAGCAUCGAUCGAUCCUGUGAUCGAUCAUCGGCCGCUGAUCGGUCACAGCAGCAGCGAGACACACCAGCAGCCUCCGCCUGUCUCCGCCCGCCUCUCCGCCAUGGGGAACCGGGGGAUGGAGGAGCUGAUCCCGCUGGUGAACCGGCUGCAGGAUGCCUUCUCCGCCAUCGGCCAGAACUCCAACCUCGACCUGCCGCAGAUCGCGGUGGUGGGCGGCCAGAGCGCCGGCAAGAGCUCGGUGCUCGAGAACUUCGUGGGCAAGGACUUCCUCCCUCGUGGAUCCGGCAUCGUCACUCGGCGUCCCCUCGUGCUGCAGCUCAUCAACUGUCCCACAGAGUAUGCCGAGUUCCUGCAAUGCAAAGGGAAGAAGUUCACGGACUUUGAUGAAGUUCGUCAGGAGAUUGAAGCUGAAACGGAUCGAGUGACGGGGCAGAACAAAGGCAUCAGUCCAGUCCCCAUCAACCUCAGAGUCUACUCCCCCAAUGUCCUGAACCUGACUCUGGUGGAUCUACCUGGGAUGACGAAGGUCGCAGUGGGCGACCAGCCACCCGACAUCGAGCACCAGAUCAGAGACAUGAUCAUGCAGUUCGUUACUAAGGAAAACUGCCUCCUAUUGGCUGUUUCCCCAGCCAACUCUGACCUUGCUAACUCUGACGCCCUGAAGAUCGCUAAGGAGGUUGACCCACAAGGUCUGAGGACCAUCGGGGUCAUCACCAAACUGGAUCUGAUGGAUGAAGGGACCGACGCCAGAGACAUCCUGGAGAACAAACUGCUGCCGCUACGAAGAGGUUACAUCGGGGUCGUGAAUCGCAGUCAGAAAGACAUUGACGGGAAGAAAGACAUCACCGCAGCUCUGCAGGCCGAGAGGAAGUUCUUCCUAUCUCACCCAUCUUACCGUCACCUGGCGGACCGCAUGGGCACCGCCUAUCUGCAGAAGAUUCUCAACCAGCAACUGACCAAUCACAUCCGGGACACGUUGCCGGCGUUGCGCAGUAAACUGCAGAGUCAGCUGCUUUCCAUCGAGAAGGAGGUGGAGGAGUACAAGAACUUCAGACCGGAUGACCCGAGCCGCAAGACCAAGGCCCUGCUGCAGAUGGUGCAGCAGUUCGCGGUGGACUUUGAGAAGCGGAUCGAAGGGUCCGGGGAUCAGGUGGACACCUACGAGCUGUCGGGAGGGGCGAAGAUCAACCGCAUCUUCCACGAACGCUUCCCCUUCGAACUGGUCAAGCUGGAGAGUGACGAGAAGACUCUUCGUAAGGAGAUCAGCUACGCCAUCAAGAACAUCCACGGGAUCAGGACGGGUCUGUUCACCCCUGACAUGGCGUUCGAGACGAUCGUGAAGCGUCUGAUCGCUCAGCUCAAAGAGCCGUGUCAGAAAUGUGUCGACAUGGUGAUCAGCGAGCUCGUCAACACCGUCAGGCAGUGCACGCAGAAGCUGGCUCAGUAUCCGAUGCUCAGAGAGGAGAUGGAGAGGAUCGUCACUCAGCACAUCAGAGACCGAGAGAGCCGCUCCAAAGAGCAGGUGAUGCUGCUGAUCGACAUCGAGCUGGCCUACAUGAACACAAACCACGAGGACUUCAUCGGCUUCGCAAACGCUCAGCAGAAAAGCAGUCAGAUGAACAAGAAGAAGGCAGCAGGAAACCAGGAUGAGAUCAUGGUGAUCCGUAAAGGCUGGCUCACCAUCAACAACAUCGGCAUCAUGAAGGGCGGAGCCAAAGAGUACUGGUUCGUCCUGACUGCUGAGACGCUGUCCUGGUACAAAGAUGAUGAGGAGAAAGAGAAGAAGUACAUGCUGCCUGUAGACAACCUGAAACUGAAGGACAUUGAGAAGAGCUUCAUGUCCAGCAAACACAUCUUCGCCCUGUUCAACACUGAGCACAGGAACGUGUACAAGGACUACCGUCAGCUGGAGCUGGCCAGCGAGUCUCAGGAAGAGGUCGACGGCUGGAAGGCGUCCUUCCUACGUGCUGGAGUGUACCCUGAACGCAGCGUGGAUAAAGAGAAGGUGGAGGCCGAGGAGUCGAGUGGCAACGGGCAGAUCCACAGUCUGGACCCUCAGCUGGAGCGGCAGGUGGAGAUCGUCAGGAACCUGGUGGACUCGUACCUUGCCAUCAUCCACCGUACCAUCAGGGACCUGAUCCCCAAGACCAUCAUGCAUCUGAUGGUCAACAAUACGAAGGACUUCAUCCACGCUGACCUGCUGGCUCAGCUGUACUCUUGUGGAGACCAGAACACCCUGAUGGAGGAGUCCCAGGAACAGGCUCAGCACCGCGAUGAGAUGCUCAGGAUGUACCACGCGCUGCGCGAGGGCCUCAGCAUCAUCGGUGACAUCAGCACCUCCACCAUCACCACAGCGAUGCCUCCGCCUGUUGACGACUCGUGGCUGCAGGUGACGGGGAUGCCGUCAGGACGCAGGUCCCCCAUGUCCAGUCCGACCCCCCAGCGCCGGGCCCCUCCUGGCCCUCCUCGUCCAGGUGGUCGUGCCGCCCCGGGUCCCCCCUCCCGUCCGGUGGUGUCACCUGAUCCUGGACCCCCACCCUCUAUCCCCUCACGGCCCAACAGAGCGCCACCGCCUGGAGUUCCCAGAAUCUCUAUCAGUGACCAGUGAGGAGUUCACCAAUGUCGGAGGGCUCCUGCAUCUCCAUCCCGACCAUCCAGACCAGCCUCUGACUCCGCCCUCUGACAGUCACACACACAAGCAUACGAAACACGUGACCCGUGUGAAACGGCCGUUCCAUCAGUGCUCCAUAUGUGGUUUCACAGCAUGGACACUUUACUCAGAUUUCCCUUUGGUCACAUGGUGCACCAGACCAGCUCUGACUGGUUCAAACCUCAGACUUAUUCCAGCCUGCUUAAACUGGUUCUAACUGGUUCUAAUUCCAGCUUGAUAUUGAUGUAUGGGUUACUGGUACCAGCAGGAUGAUCAGAGCGGGUCCUGAUGGUUUUUGUUUUAAACUCGGCUUCAGUGGUUCACAUCAGUUCUAACUCAGCCAUAUUUGAAUGGACUGCUUUCCAAACCUGCUCCUUGUUUGGGUCGAUCUACUGGUUUCACUGGUUCCUGCCAGUUGUUCCGAUAUACCGGUACCAACUGGUUCUUGAGAAAUCCAGCCCUGACGUAGACCUGGCUGGUUCAGAUUGGUUUGAACAGACUGGUUGCCCAACAUGCUGGUACCAGCUGUUUUAACCAGUUCUGGUUGGUUCCGGUAUGUUUCAGCGACUGGUUUCUUUACGUCUAACAAGUUUCUGCUGGUUCCAGUCUGUUGGAUCUUCUAACUGGUUUAAAUGUAUAAGCUGCUCACUGAACGCCCAGCUUACUGGUACCAUCUGGUUCCAUCAAGAUCUACCGUGAUUGUGAGGAUCACUGCUGGUUCUAACCAGUUCUGUUUGUACUCAUGUGACCUCUGACCCCUGUACCAGUUGGCCUUUCUCCUCAUUUACUCUUCUCCUCUUUUGUUUUCUGUCAUUUUUUUUCCCAGUCGUCCCAGUAAAGGUAGCCCCGCCCACGGAGAGAGUCCCCAGUCUUCGAUUGAGGGUUAAGCUGAACAGAGUGUGUGUUUGUGUCUCACUGAAGCUGUGUUACUGUGAACCUUCCUAGUAAUAAACAUAUUGAUUAUUAUCAGCACUUAUUCUGACUGUAUAGCAGCUGAUCAGCAAUACAUUGUGUGUAAAUAUGACGUUCGGUCACGCCGCAGACAGAAACACGUGACCUCAGCAGGUCUGUCAGUACUGUAGACGACUCCGGAGGAGACGAGGCGAGGAGGUCUCUGCUCUGGAUGUCCCGGCUGAGAUCAUCUUCAUGUUCACUUCCUGUUCUGAUCCAUGGUGCCGUUUCUUUACAGUGUAAAGUUUACAGUUUUAACUUGUGUAUUUAUCUAUUUAUUGUAUUAUUUAUUUUACUCUGCUGGAAUUCCACGUUUGUUUCUGCUGGCAUCUGUCCUUCCACCUGUAGCUGCACUGAACAUGUGACAUGUGUGGAUCACCAUGCACCAUCCUCUAAGCACAAACAUAGGCUGAAACCAGCUGUACACAGGCCUCGUGAACGCUCAUGUAACUGGCUCAGUUUGUGCAUUUGUAACUGUCAAAGUUAUGGAGAGUACUGAAUCCAGAUGUUUCCAGAGAUGGGCUGUGACCUCUCAGCUGGAUCCAGGGACUCCAUCAGUCUGUGCUCAGACUUUAUGAGCGGUUCAGCUAAGACGGUGUAACAGAUGGACGUAGCUGCCGUGAUGUUUCAUAUUUUUGAAUGCCAGUAUGAAGCCAUGAGAUGAGCUUCUCUCACCAUCGCCAUCUCAGUGUGUUGACACAUGUGUGACGAUUGAGAGGUGGAGCCAAGAGGCCCGAUGAGUUUUUCUGAAAUAUGCAACGAUCAAAAUGUUUGAAAUUGACUCGAUCUGUUAUUGGGUUCGAACUGAGACGAGCAGCAGGGACCAAAAACUCACCAGGAAGUGUUUACAGAGGUCACGGCCAGGGUGGUUUUUCAGAGACUUCUGUGGGACUAGCAAGUCUGCCGCAGCUAAUGCCCCCUGGUGGCCAUUACAAAGAUUGCAGCUUUAAGGCGUCACGUUUCAGACCCAGAAGCUAUGUCCAUCUUUUAUACCGUCUUUAAGGCGGGAUAGUUAGCUGUGAGUUAGCUAGAAUAAAGGUAGCUUAAGGUCAAAUUUGAUCCCUCCAUAAAUCAAACCCUGCUGAUGCGGUUUCCGUUAAAGGUCAAAUUCGGUCCGAUGUCCUGAACCCUUCACAUAGUAAUCGGGCUGUUAGAGGUAGAGAGCUGUUAUCACAUAUACAUCAGAGAGAGAAAAGAUUGAAAAGCAGCACAGUGCCCGCUGAGCUCACCCACCUUCAGCUAACCAUCCCGUCUUACCUCUGAUCUACAUCUGUUCCACAAAUGUUUGUCCAGUGUAGCUAUUGCAUGGACCACGAAGCUACCAGCUGGUUCCAAAUGGAUCGUUGUGGUUCCUCCUUCCCUUUCCUGGUUCCAGCUGGUUCUACCUCUUCAUCUAACGCCAGCAGGGUUGAGAUCUUUUUCGUUCUUCUUCAUUUCCUCAUUGGUUUACGGUGAGCUUCCUCUGAUGUGAAGAUCAGAGGAAGCUGUGACUGAAGCGAUGAGGAGAUAAUGUUUGUGGAGGUGGCCCGGUUUCUCUGGAGGUUGGGUUGGUUUUGUGCUGCUCAUGUGAACGAAGUGUCAAGCGAUCGUGUUUCCUGUUUGGAUGUACCAGCUGAUCUCCUCACUGUGUUGUGUUUGCUCUUCAUGUUGUGGUGAUUUUGUAGAGUUAGUUAAGCUCCGAGCAGCGUUCAGCGCCGCCACCGCCGCGGGGCAUUAGCUGUGCCGUGUCGUCGUUGUCUACAUUAACAUCUGCAUGCUUGCCGUAUGAGUUUAUCAAUCAGUAAAGUGUUGCACUUCGCUCUGCAGCGGCACACGCCACGCACCUCGGCCCCUCCCACACCUGUGCUUGUGGAUAGUUACCUGUGUAUGCUCUCAAUAUGAAUCUAUGUGCAGCGAAUAUGACAAUAUAGACAUGUAUCAUAUAUAUGUGAGCAAAAAGCUAAACUAAAUAUGCAGCGGCCAACACUGUAGUGUGUGUGUCUGUGUAAGAGAGAGAGAGAGUGUGUGUAGAUCUGUUGUGUAUUAGUGUCAUGUGAUCAGGGCCCAAAGAGAUAUGAAUAAAGUUUGUGUGAAUGAAGA